AUGGGCAAGCAUCCAUACUACCCUCAUUUCAUUGAGAAGCACUGGUCCAAGGAUGUUACAUCGGUGUACUUGAAAAAUGGUUUCUUUAUGGUACGAUUUCAGCACGCAAUGGAUGUACAGCAAAUAUUGUCAUGCAUUCAUACUUUUGAAGGCCGAGCCAUCAUCAUCAAAAAAUGGAGUAAGAAUGUUGUUCUUCAGAGAGAAGAUUUUGAUAUGUUGCCACUAUGGAUUCGAGUGUACGAUCUUCCUAUGCAUUGUCGUAACUCUACUUCAAUCUCGAAGGUAUGUUCAAUUUUCUCAACACCAAUUUAUAUGGAUGAUCCGUCUUUACACCAAGAUAAAAGUCAGUUUGUGAGGGUUAUAGUGGAGGCUGAUGUGCGUAAGGAGCUGCCAGAGAAUUUGGUAGUUGAUAUUCAUGGAGAAGAUUGUGCAGUUUUUAUUGAGUAUGAAUGGAAGCCUGCUAUUUGUUCCUUAUGUAAACGUGUUGAUCAUGUUGCUGCAAGAUGUCCUCAAAGAGUUUUAGAACAGGCAAAGCCUAAGAAACAAAUGUUAGAUAAAUGGAUUGUUAAACAAAAAAGGAAAAUGGUAGAGUUUGAAGAUGCACAACAAGUAUCUGUUGAAUUACUUGUGAGACCGAUCCAAAGUUCUCAGGUGGUUACCCAUAACUCCUUUGCAUUAUUAGAUCAGGUGGUUGUUGAAGAGAUUGGUGAAGGAGAGGAUCAUGUCAAUCAAGUAGAUUUGCCUCAAGGAGAGAUAGAUAACAUGAUCAAACAAGAUACUAUUCCUGUUGUUGUUGAGCAGGUCACCAUUAUUAUGGAGAGUAUUGAUACAAGGGUAAUUAGUGAGGGAGAUACUCAUAUUAUGGAAGUUGGUGCUAGUGUGCCAGUUGAAAAUAGUACAGAUGCUGAUAGUAACACAUCUCAUAUUACUGCAAAGGCUACUGACAAAAAGAUGGAAGCUACAGAGACACUUGUUACCCCUUUUCAAAGUGAAGGGGGAAUAAGUAAAAAAUCUAGGUAUAGAGCUGUAUUAGCCUCUGAUCGAGUUACUAGAAGUCAUAGAGGGAAAUGUGCUUUUGUUUCUAUUUCUCGAAGAAUCAAGAAUAGUUGGGAUUGGGUUCAUAAUUAUGAUGCUCAUGAUUAUAGUAGGAUUUGGGUGGGGUGGAAUCCAAUCUUGUUUGAUGUUCAGAACUUUCUGGAACAUUACUCUACUAUUGCUACUGGCCCUUGGAUGGCUUUAGGAGAUUGGAAUGCUAUUAGAUUUUACAGUGACAAGAAGGGGGGGAAAAAAGUGCCUCAAAGAAUUCUUAAUGAUUUUAAUGAUUGUCUUCAUAAAGCUGGGUUAAGUGAGGUUCAUCCUACAAAUGGAGAAUGGUCAUGGUGUAACAGACAUGUUUUUUCUAGGAGAAUUUUUGUGAAAUUGGAUAGGGUUUUCUUGAAUGAGAGGUGGAUAGAUAGUUUGCCUAGUACUAAAGUUCUAUAUACAUCAGCUACUUGCUCAAAUCACUAUGGUAUACCUAUUCACAUUUCAAAGGAGUUUGCUGUUGGACCUAAGCCUUUUAAAAUGUUGAUGGUGUGUUGUCUACAAGGAUAUGUCCAACCUCUUGUGAAGAAAGCAUGGAACAAUGAAAUCUCUGGUAAUCCUAUACAUUUGGAGCUUUUGAGGGAUCCUUCUGAAAAUAAUUUCCAAGUUGAACAAGAAGCUAAAUUGGGUUAUCAAGCUGUUGUGGUGGAUCAAGAGGUGUUGGUUUCACAGAAAUCCAGAAUUCUCUGGCGUAAGGAUACUGACAGGUGCACUUCCUAUUUUUAUAAUAAAAUGAAGCAACAUAGAAAUUUCAAUGCUAUUACCUUAGUUGAGAAUGACAGUGGACAGACCACAGAGGAUAUGGGGCAUAUCAGAACCUGGUUUGUGGAUUUUUAUAAAAAAUUGUUUGAAAAGAGAGAUGCCAGCUUGCAAGAGUUUGAUUUACCUGUUAAGCAGCUGAGUGUGGAAGAGGUGGAAGGUUUGGAUGGUCUGGUGAGUGAAGAAGAAAUCAAAGGGGUUGUCAUGGGUUUUAACCCUGAUAAAUUACCUGGUCCAGAUGGAUUCCCAGCUCGCUUUUAUCAAACUUUUUGGUCUGUGGUAGGCAAGGAAGUGGUUGCUGCAGUUCAAUAUUUUCUCUCAUCCAGUGGUAUGCCUAUGGGGGUUAGUAGCUGCUUUCUUACUCUUAUUCCUAAGGUGGGAAAUGCAAAAGAAAUGGGGGAUUUUAGACCUAUUGCACUUUGCAACCUGUUAUAUAAAGUAAUUACUAAAAUUAUGGCCAAUAGAUUGGCAAGGGUGUUAAAUUCAUUGAUUGGCCCUGAACAAAGUGCUUUUGUUCAAGGAAGGAAAAUUCAAGAUACUUUGAUAUUGGCUCAUGAAAUGGUCAGGGAUUUUAAGGGUUGA